GUUCCAACUUCCAAGUUCCCUAGUGCCAACUGCCAAGUUCCAAGUUCCAAUUUUAAAAGUAUUUAUUUAAAAACAAAUAUCAUAACUUCACAAGUAAAUGUUUUUUUUCUAGAUAAACAAAAUAUCAUAGGAGGGGUAUUUAUUCGGGAUCACUGAAUAUCUAGUUAUCUACCUUGUUUUCGAUGUAAUUUUUCCGCUAUAAAAGUAGAGCGAUGCAUUCGUACACUUCAUUCUUAAUUUGAUAACAAACACUGCUGAUCAUACUGAAAAAUAGACCGUACUAAUAGAAAAUGUCCGCCACAAAACUUGAAACCCCUGUGACUGCCGUUGGUAUCGCUGUGAAGGGCAAUCCAACCAAAGAUGGAAAAUUCGAGGAAACCGAGUACACCAUUGAAGAGUUGAACCCCGGUCAAGUGUUGGUCAAGAUCACAGCCACCUCUAUCUGCCAUACCGAUUUCCAGUGCUUCAAUACUGAUGGUGCUGUGCCUGGCCAUGAGAUGUGCGGCAAGAUAGAGGCGAUGGCAGAUGAUGUGAAGGAUUUGAAAAUCGGACAAAGAGUUGCUAUUGGCUGGCAGCGGAGCUCUUGCCGGGAUUGUGAAUUCUGCAACAAGGGAGAGGAAAAUAUGUGCCAGAAGAAGACCAAUUUCCAAGAUGGUAAAGCCGGGUGGGCCACCUAUGUAGUGUGGGACGCGCAUUUCGUUGCGCCCGUUCCUGAUUCUAUCGAAGAUUCGGCCGUCGCUCCCUUGAUGUGCGCCGGCACCACUGUGUACAACGCUUUCAAGCAGAACGGCGUGAAGAAGGGCGAUAAGGUAGCCAUUGUGUCUAUUGGUGGUCUGGGCCAUUUGGGUCUGAUGAUUGCUCACAAGAUGGGAUGUGAGGUGACCGCGAUCUCACGGGGGAUGGAUAAAAAGGAGGAAGCAGAAGGGUUUGGUGCAAAUAAAUACAUCGAUUCAAAGAACAAAGACCACGUCAAGGCGGCCGAGAAGGAGUUCGACUUCAUGCUCAUCACCACCCCGGCUGAUCUUGAUUGUGAUAUGUAUGCGAGUAUGAUCCAACCCCAGCAUGGUGUCAUGUGCUUUGUAGGUGUACCACCAAGCUUCAAAUUCACCUUCGGAAUUUACCCCAUCAUUGUCGACAAUAUCAAGAUAACCGGCAGUCUGAUUGCCAGUCCCGAAACCACAAACGAGAUGUUGAAGUUUUGCGCCGACAAUGAUGUGCAGCCGACUAUUGAGCGUUUUGAAUUCAAUGCGGACGCAUUCUUAAAAGCUGUCAAGAGAGUAAAUGACAACGAAAUCCGCUUCCGAGCGGUCAUGUUACUCUAGAUAAUAUAGUAUAUUAAAGAGUACAUACAUUACACUACA